ACUAGUUCCUCUCGGCGUUCGUGCGGAGAGGGACUCAGCUUGCGAGUCCCGCUGAGAGGUGUGUGACCUUGACCAAGAGACACUAGACUGUAGCAUAGUGCAGGUGGGAAGCAUUAGUCGCAUGAGUAAGGGCUGCAGAACACUUUGCACAGCCACCUUGCACUCUGAGCCUCCACGCUCGUGUAACGCUGCCUGUCAAGUGUACUGGAGUUUCAAGCAUGAACCCCCUACCUGACUCGGGUGACAUAAACAGUAACUCACAAAAUGCUAGUCCACAUGCGCCCAGUUCUGUCCUCGUGGGGCAAGUCACUGUCCUCGUGGAGCAAGUCUCUGUCCCUAGUGUGCCAGAGCAAGGCCCGAGAGCCAUGGAACCAUUGCAGAACGGUUUUGUGCGGAGCCUAAUUGCUCGCACCUCCGAAGUGUUACCUGAGGAACAUGUAAAUACCCCCACCGCCUGUGACUCUACCGGCCUGGACUUGGCUCUGGGAGCGUCCUGGCUCGAUGACGACAUGGUCAAUGAAGACUUCGAAACCCUCCUCGACAUAGCGUUGCAUCUUCCUCCCCAACAGUGACAUGGGGUGAGGGAGCAGGGAAAGAGGGAGGGCCAUAGAGGGACAGCCACCCCCUGAUGUAUGGCCGCCCUCGGCCCUCCCUCACUCGCAGGCUGGAUACCGAUUCUCGACUCCCAGGCAGCAAUGUCAAAAGAAAAGUCAUGCAUCGCCCGUGCACAGAGUGUGGUAAUGGGUGACUGACGAGCUUCUGCUUCUCAGCGCAAAAUGCAUGCGCGCGCUUCACGAAAGUUGAACGAUUAACCUGAUAUCCAACGCAUUGUUCUGUAGCUCAAGUGAUAACCUCGUGCAAUGAGCAAAUUAUGAUUUCCGAGUCUGACUCAAACCUUAACAAAGCCAGUCAUGAAUGUGAUGUAAAUUGUG